CACAAUGUCCUAAUUGAAAUUAUAUAAAAAUUGUCAAGAUGUUUUUCCUUCGGCUGCAUUGUGACAUGAACAAUGUAUUUUCCCCCUUAUUAUCCCUGUUUUAUAAAUGGUUCAGCAGAGUCGUUAAUAGUUACUUCACCACUCUUAUACCGGUAUUCACACUUCAAUUCGCUGUUACCUAUGUUGUGCCCGACAGUAAACAUCAAUACGGCACACUGAGAAUUACCAGUAGCAGUAAUUGCGAGUUCUAUUAUAAGUGAAUCAGUAAAAGAAAAAAAGUGACAACUUUUGUUUAGGCCCGAUAAUUAAGACCAGCUGUGCACCUGACACAUGUAGGAUAAUUAUUUGAAAAUAUUCACUAAAUAUCCUUAUCCAGUGAGAUUUUUGUUACAGUUGAAUAAUCCUGUCAUUUUGUAGAAUACUAGAUUAAUGUAGGUUUAUAAUAAUAAUAAUAAGGAAAACACCUUAGUUGUAAUACUGAAUUUAAAUAUUAUAUUACAAUAAGCAUCGGAAGGAAAUAUUCCUGUCUAGUAACUUUGAGUGAGAUGUGGUGCUUGGCUACCGGUGUAAACAAACGGUUGCUAGGUCUACCGCGGUGGAGGGAAGUGUCCUGCUUGUUUGUUGCACUCUGCAUUAUAUCCACCAAAAUGUUUUGCAGAUUAACCGAGGGGCAGAAAACGGAUAUCAUGACAAACAUGGGUGUAUAGACGACAGUUAUUUCUGAACACGGAAAUCAUAAUAAACGCGGGAUGCCUCCGGGUCUGGACGCCCCUGUGACCCCAUCGUCACCGUCGUCACCGAGACGUCUAGGGACACCCGGGUCAUCGUCGCAGGCAUCGUCAGGCGGGGGAUCGGGUAAGGCCCCCCAGAAACAGCGGUGGCGCCUCCUGCUGGUGUCGUCGAGGGCCAGACACGUGGGCCCCAUUGCUUGCUCCAUCCUGCCAGGAGUCCUCCUUGUCACCUACAAGUAUGAGACCUCAACACUCGACCACAUCCUCAGUCAGGUCUCCGGAGCUCUGGCAGGGAGGAAAGUGGAGACGUUGGCAGUGGUGCUACAUGGCUCUGAAUCCCAACUUUAUCUGUGUGGCCCUGGAGAGAAGGUGGUGAGCGGACAUUCAGCGGCAGAACAGGUGUCAGUCAGGGAGUUCCUCAGUAGCUUGGUGUCCACCCACGUUGACCGGACAAUGAUGAAUGCCCGCCUCGACUUCUUGGCCGCCCACCCCGCCCACGAUGACCAGGGCGCCCGUAUAGCCUCCACCCUCCACACCCUGCUGGAGAUCCCGGUGACCCUGAGUAAGGACCUACAGGGGUCAGACGUGGAGGUGGUGAGGUGGGGUCCAGAGGGGUCGGUGUCCCUGACCCUGGGAGAGCUGUACUUUGACCUGAAGAAGCUGAAGGAUGCUCUCAAGACAGCGGGCAGUGGAGCCAAGAAGAGGGUGAAGGAUCUUGACCGUGACUAUGAGAAGAUUAGACUUGUUGGCAAAGGAGCCUUCGGGAGCGCCGUCUUGUACCGCCGGAAGGAGGACGAGGCUCUGGUCAUCAUUAAGGAGAUCAACAUGCUGGAGCUGUCUGCCUCGGAGCGUCAAAUGGCUCUCAACGAGGUCAAUGUUCUGGCCAUGCUUGACCACCCCAACAUCAUCAGCUACAUGGACAGCUUCGAGAGGGACACGGUGUUGUGUAUAGAGAUGGAUUACGCUGAUGGUGGGAGCCUGGCGCAGUACCUUACACAGAGGGUGAAGCGUAUUGACGAACGAGAGAUUCUUGUCAUCUUCCACCAAAUUUCUGCAGCUCUCACCUACAUGCAUGAGCACCACAUACUUCACAGGGACCUGAAGACGGCCAAUAUCUUCCUCACCAAGCAGGGGGUGGUGAAGGUGGGGGACUUCGGCAUCAGCAAGAUGAUGAACACCCGCUCAGCUCACGCCCAUACCGUCCUGGGUACACCUUACUACAUCAGCCCCGAGAUGUGUGAGGGGAAGCAGUAUGAUGAGAAGAGUGACAUCUGGGCCCUGGGGUGUAUACUGUAUGAGAUGGCCUGCCUCCAGAAGACCUUUGAGGGCUCCAACCUGCCAGCCCUCGUUAACAAGAUUAUGAAGGGUCAGUUUGCACCAAUCAAGGGUAACUACUCCCCAGGGUUCAAGCAGCUGGUACGUGACCUCCUACAGCGUGACCCAGACUUCCGACCUACCGCUGCUGAGGUUGUAUCAGAGCGCUUACCAGAGCUGUUGGCCCAGUUCUCCUAUGAGGGUCUGGGGGUGGAGGAGAUUGACGACGAACUAAAGCGAUCCAUUGAAGCUGCCAGACAGAAUCAAGCUUCCAGGUCCUCGAGGCCACCGCGAAGUGUUGUGUACCACAUGAAGGUGUACGAUUCCUCUAUCACCCUCAACCCUGUUCCUCUCUCUCCCAGGACACGAGUCAAGGAGAUGGCUGUAUCCAACACACACAUUGUCCUCCUCAGCUCAGAAUGCCUGGUUUACACGUGGGGUGAGGGCAGGAAGGGCCAACUGGGUCACGAGGCACUGGAGGCGUGGCGUGGGAGGCCGACAGUGGUGGAAGCGCUCAAAGGAAAGGCCAUAACAAGGGUGUGUGCUGGGGACGGCUUCUCGGUCUUCGCCUCCGAUAAUGGCAUCGUUAUGACGUGUGGGGAUGGCACCUCUGGCUGUCUCGGUCACGGCGACUGGAACAGCUCCACCAAGCCCAAGCUUAUAGAGCGCUUGCUGGCGGUGGACGUGGGAGGCAUCUGUUGCGGGAGUCAGCAUGUGGUGGUGGUGGCAGCUGAGGGGGACGUGUUCACCUGGGGCCGUGGAGAGGGGGGUAGGCUGGGCACUGGGCAUGAAGACGAUGUGUGCCUGCCGACGGAGAUCGAGCUGCCAGAGGACAUUAUGGUGACGAACGUGAAGUGUGGCGGCGACGGCACCUUACUCAUCACGGACCAGGGCGCCCUCCUCGCCUGCGGCCAGAACACCCGCAACAAACUGGGGCUGAGUGAGGGAGGCGGCCUCUUUAGUAUGAAGUUUAAGAAGGAGGUGGAGAAGGCACUAGUGGCGACGCGGGUGAGGAGCAUAGGAUGCCGGGUGGUGGAUCUGGCCAUGGGUCCCUCACACACUGCUAUCCUUACUGAGACUGGCCAGGUGCUGACGUUUGGUCGUAACAGUGAGGGUCAGCUGGGCCGUGGCAACACCCGCUCCGUCAUCCAGCCCGUCCUCGUCCGCUCCAUGUCUUCCAAGAUCGUCACGAUGGUGCAGUGCGGGUCGACGUUUACUGUGGCUGGCACCCUCGAGAACGCUCUCUACCUGUGGGGCACCAGAGCCAUCAGCCCCCUCACCAGGCCAAACACUCAGGAAGGAUUCACCAACACGUGGGGUCAACGCAGUGGGCUAGGGUCGGCUGUUGUCAACUCCAAAGACCCAGAGUUUAACUUUAAUGCCAAGGAGGAGGAUGACCAACACAAGACUGAUCCUGGCAACUCCACAGCUGAUGGAGGUGGUCCUGGAGGAGGUCGUCGCCGCAGUAGUGGUGGCAGCAGCAACAGUGUGGGGGCGGUGCAGGAGGCAGCCUCCAGACACCAGCGGGAGAUAAGGAUGCGGGAUGUCCUCCUUCACCCUCAAGAAGUUCUCGCGUUGUACGCGUCCCAGACACAGAUCGCCAAGGGGGAGACGGUGAAUCUGGCGGGUCUUCACUGUCAGAACCAGAGCAUCUUCCUCGUGGUUGACACUACGGUUCCUCUACCUAGGGCUGGCAGCACCUUACCAGCGGAGGUGGAAGAGGCAGCAGGAACAAAGAUAGGAAAGGAGAUCGUGGAUAAGAACAAGGAGGAGGUCAUGACGGAGAAUGAAAAACAGAAUGAGAAGCAGGAGAGCGGAUACGAUGAAGAGAUGGAUAGUGUGGGACCGGUUCCUGAUUGGCUGAAGGCAGAGCUGGAUGGGGCUGACGAGGUGUGGCCAGGAGGGAAGAAAGAGGCCAAGAAAAAACCCGCCAGCCGCAAGUCAUCACCAACCAGGAAGUCCUCCAAAUGCGCUGGUAAAGACAACAGGUUUAACAGAUACAACAACAACAACAGACACGGUAGAGUGACAGCCAAGCGUGACCCGCCUUCCGGCGAGCCAGUACGAUCACCGUUUGUUCCCUCCCCGCGGCCUGGUGAACGUAACCAAGGAAAGGCCCAGAAAGGAGGGAAGAAAGAUAACAAGACAAGGAAGCCCAAGAAUCCCCAAGACAACGACAAGAGGAUACAACAGGAGGCAAAGAAGAUGGCAAAGGAGAAGGAGGAAGCCCUUAACCAGGAGAUAGAAAAGCUACGCAGCGAGCUACACCGCCAACAGGAACUACAACAACACAUCAUUGACGAGAAGGUCAAGGAGAUGACCACUGAAGAAAAUGCCGAGAAGGACUCCUCCGUGUGUAGCGUGAUGUAAGAAAGAAUACAAAGAGUGAAGAGAGAAUGUGGGAGGGAGAGAAGGAUCAGUAAAAAGAAAACAGUAACAUGAGGAUACAUAUAUUAGAGGAAAAAUGGGAUAUUAGAGUCAUAUAAUAAGCAGAGACGAACUAAAUAUGAACAACACCUCAAAGAAAUAAAGAUGUUAUAUGUAUCUUGAAGAGCGUAAGACAUAAAUGGCACACAGUAGUAGAUAAGCAUUGCCAUAACUCUGUGUUGAAGUCUCUGAGGUAAAUAAUACUGCAAUCAUAAAUACAAAUAUAAAAAGUUGGUUAGGUUGUUAGGUUGAGAUGAUACGUGUAGGAGAAAGAUGACCAACAAAUAGAUCCAGAUUAGUUUAGCAGAAUAUGAAUGAUAUAAAAGGGGAAAUUUAUUAAUAAUACCUUUAUAAAGAUACUUUACUUUAUUUAAGGGAACAGUCACAAAAAUACUUGAGAAAAUGCAAUGAAUAAAUUUUAGGAAACUAGUACAAAUGAAAUCAAGAGAAUUGGUAAGAAAAAUGUGAAUUGAUCUGUUAUGGUGCAAAGACUCUUAUAAUGUGUAAAUGCUAAACAGUUAAUGAAAAAAGGCAAUUGUUAAGACUUGUUGAGAAGCCGCUGCAUUCAGUUCCACAGAAAACGACCUACAACUGAAGUGAGGAAAAAGUGGUAGAGGAAGAUCGCGAAGACGUACUUGUGAAGUUAUAUUUUUUGUAAUAUCUUCAACUGUUCUCACUUCAUAUUUCAUUCUGGCUUGCAUUAUCCUCUUGUUUUCUCUCAUUUCUCCCUCUUUCUUUUUCAGCUUCGCUUCCUUUCUCUCUACUCAUUCUGUGAUUCAGUGCUUUUGGUGAGCUCAUAUAAUACGAAAGAUUAACUGUGAUACUCUGUCUUGUACUAUAUAUAUAAUGGUUAGGUUAGGUUGGCCCCACUUAGGAUUGUGGUCUUUUAGGAGUGGGACCUACUAGGACUGAGACCUACUUGGACAUAUGAGGAUAGGGACCUAAUGACUAGAAUCCAUUUAACCCACAACCAAUUGAAAGUGAGUUUGUGUCUAUUACAUACUUGUCUCAUGGAAUGUCUCUCUAACAGUUGUACAUAAAUAUCUACCGUUUUCUUCCUUCCUGUGUGUGUGUUUGUAUGGCAGGUUAUAACUAAUGUAUGUUUUUGUGUAUCUUAUUUGAUAUUAUUAUUAUUAAUAUUAUUAUUAUUAUUAUUAUUAUUAUUAUUAUUAUUAUUAUUAUUAUUAUUAUUAUUAUGAUGAUGAUGAAUCUACACUGACGACACUUGUCAUCAUCAACAUUUUAUGGCCCUUCUCCGCUUGCAUGGAGUUGUUUGACGGAACAUAGGGGGUGGUUUUUUUGACCACACUUGUGGGGUUGUAGUUUGACAAGACCUGUGGAUGUGGUGUGGCUAAAUUUGUGGGUGUAGUUGGAGGAAACUUUAUAAAGAAUAACACUGUUUAGUUUCUCCCCAACAAAUAAAUAACACAUACUGUAACUAACAAACAGAACUUGGUCCAUCACAUUAGGUCACGGUACUGUAUCUUGUUAAGUUAUUUCAUAUACGUAUAAUUAAAUAAAGGGGCAUUUGUUUUUAUCUUCUUUAUCUUUUGUAAGUAAAUUAUUUUUACAAUUUGUAGUAUGUAUUACACUAGUACAGUAAUAGCAGUAGUUUUAGGAGCAGUAAUGAUAGUACAAUAGUUGUUAUAGUGAUAAUAACAGUAGUAUAGUAGUAGCAGUAAUGGUAGUACAAUAGUUGUUAUAGUGAUAAUAACAGUAGUAUAGUAGUAGCAGUAAUGGUAGUACAAUAGUUGUUUAUAACAGUAGUACUGUAGUAGAAGUAGCAGUAAUAAAUUGUUUUUUGACUCAUUAUUUUGUGUUACGUAAUGUGUGUGAUGCCCGCCUCCACUGAUCUGCACAAGGGAGUUAAUAUGUUCACUUGACAAUGCAGAUAGCCAGUGACUCAUCACAAUUAUCUUCAUAUUCUUUAAUUUUGUCUUUGAUUUCAUGACAUUAACUCUUGACACAACUCACUGGAUAUAUGAUGUAAUUAUAACUGUAGCUAUGAACUGUAAUACAGUACAGUACUGUAUCUGCCAAAUACGUACUUAAUAAUUAAAUUUUGUUAUUUGA